CGACCGGCAGCCAAUGGCUAGUGUUCAUCACAUUCUAAGCGCCGAGCAGCUGCACGAUCAGGCACAAGUCACCCCUUCAUCACACCUAGUCUCGAGGUCCCUGCUGAGCGACAACGAAUCAUUGCGUAUGGAUGGGAGCAAAGCGUCACCUCCUGACCCAAAGUUCUUAAAAUAGGUUGCCAUCCAUCGCCAGGUCAACCCCUCGCCUUCGCCCUCCCCACCACCAG